GGGAGCCAGCAACGCCCGCGCCGCGCCGCGCAGCAUGCCCUGGGGGGUUGGCUUCGCCUCGUCCAGGUCGUGCGUGGUGGACCUAAGCCGGAAUCAAAGCCUGUGGUGCGCGGGGUCCGACGAGCGCUUCUCUUUUUAUGGGGAGAUCAUCGCCUUCCCUCUGCAGGAUUACGGCGGGAGCAUGGCAGGGCUGGGCGCUGAUUCGUGGUGGAAGAAAACGCUCUACUUGACAGGGGGAGCCCUGCUCGCCGCCGCCGCGUAUCUGCUGCACGAACUCCUGGCCAUUAGGAAAGAACAAGAGGUUGAUUCAAAAGAUGCUAUCAUUCUGCAUCAGUUUUCAAGGCCAAACAAUGGUGCACCCAGUUUAUCUCCUUUCUGCUUGAAAAUGGAAACGUAUUUGAGGAUGGCUGAUUUGCCCUACCAGAACUACUUUGAUGGAAAACUUUCUCCUCAAGGGAAAAUGCCAUGGAUUGAGUACAACCGCAAGAAAGUAUCCGGCACAGAGUUCAUUAUUGAUUUUUUGGAAGAGAAGCUUGGAGUGAAUUUAAACAAACACCUUGGCCCACAUGAAAGAGCGGUUUCUCGAGCUGUAACAAAAAUGGUGGAGGAGCAUUUCUACUGGACCUUGGCAUAUUGCCAGUGGGUGGACAAUCUUCAUGAGACCCAGAAGAUGCUUUCUCUGAGUGGCCCCUUUAGUGACCUGCUGAAAUGGAUCCUGUGCCACAUAACCAAAGGAAUUGUGAAGCGGGAAAUGUAUGGCCAUGGCAUUGGCCGCUUCUCUGAGGAAGAGAUCUAUCGGCUGAUGGAGAAAGACAUGCGCUCCCUGGCAGGUCUUCUGGGUGACAAGAAGUACAUCAUGGGACCCAAGCUCUCCACUUUAGAUGCCACAGUUUUUGGGCAUCUUGCACAGGCAAUGUGGACCUUACCAGGAACUAGGCCUGAGAGACUAAUUAAAGGAGAACUGAUUAACCUUGCCAUGUACUGUGAGAGAAUAAGGAGGAAAUUUUGGCCAGAGUGGCACCAUGAUGAUGACAACACUCUGUAUGAGUCAGAAGAGAGUAGUGAGGCAAGUAAGACUCAGCCCUUGCAGGACUUUAGUUUUUAUUCUAGGACAGAAACAUUUGAUGAUGAAGGAACUGAGAAUAGCUUUUCCCGAACUCCUGAUACUGAUUACACCGGACAUUCUCUCUUUGACUCAGACGUGGACAUGGACGACUACACAGAACACGAUCAAUGCAAGUGAAUUGUCUGAGAGACACUUCUCUGUCUUGUGUCAGAAACACCAUUAUCUUUUGGGAAUCCUGGCAAUUUACCCAGGUUUUAAAGGGCCCAGGUGGAUUCGGAGGAGACCAUUGUGCUUGAUGCUCUUUCCACAUGCCAUUUGGACCUUUUCAGCAUUUUUUCCUUUUGUUCAAGCAUUCCAAUGGAUUUUAGAGAAACAGUUCUUAAUUCUGCUCAAUAUGAUGGUGAAAAGUUGACAAGAAAAGAAAUGGGUGGGGUGGGAUUGAAGAAAAAAAAAAUCAGAGCAUUCCAUAAUGACAUGGAGAAGUAAAUGAUAAGCAAAGCAUAGAGGAAAUAGCAGUUUGGAGCUGAUAUUCUCAUCUUCCCAGAAACAGACUGAGAAGCCAGAAGAAAGGGAAGAAGGCCACUAGAACUUCUUGUACAUCACAGACAAGGUUGAGCUGGGUCAACACAAUGAGGAGUGACAGAAUCCCCUUUCUUCCCAUGGCUUCUGGCACUUUGGGUGUUCCAGGGGACCGCUUCCAUUUGAUGUGUGCAUAUACAUGUCAAGCACUUGAAAUGCCUGGUCUCCAGAAAGGGCCAGAGAAGUCAAAAAAGAUUCUGUUGCAUUCGGAAUUCAACAGUUGCCUGUUCUUAUUUGAUAAAUUUGCCUAGCCAUCUUUGAUUGAUUUGGUACCAUUCAAAACAGAAGAAAACAAAAAGGAUGGUACACUAAGUUUCGGUUUUUAGGCUAUUAUUUAAGUUCUGCUGCCAUCAUUUCAUCUAGUCUGAUGAAGGAAAAGAACCCAAGAUCAGGUUCUGCAGGUGAAAGGGUGGAGUAAUCCUUGUGGACCAGACUUGUUUGUCAAUGGCUACGUUUGUUGAGGACUACCAGGGGCAAAGGGCAGGUUUAACCCCCGCACAAUAGCACUCUUGAGUAUCCCUUCAAAGUUUCCCUCACAUCAAUCAAUGGGUAUUUUUAGCCUUCUCUACCCCUGAAAAUGGUUACACCUCCCCACCCCCUUCAUCAGCUAGGAUCCUGCAGUGGGCUGCAUGUUCCCACUGGUGCCUUUCCAAUAUGCAGAUCAUUCUUACGUGCACAUUCUCCUUGCUGUAGAAAUCAACAAUUUCAACUAGCACCUACCAAUCUGCCGUAGUGGGUUUGGCCAGCUCUUUGAGGGCACAUACAAAUGUUUUUGGAUAAGCUUUGGAUCCACACCCACCCUCCUUUAUUUAUUUAUUUAUUUAUUUAUUUAUUUAUUUACAUUAUUUAUAUACCAUUCUGCAUCUAAACAGAUUCCAGAUUGGUGAACAAUAAAAGAGAAAAAGGAAUAAAAUUCAAAGUUUUUAUUCAAAGUUUUUAAAUAGUUCUUGUUUGUUUGUUUUCCUUAUCUGCAGCAUGGCAGAGUGCUGCAGAUGUUUGCCAUGGCCAGUGAUUUUAUUCCAGAGCAGCACGGGGUAAAUUUGGGAAAGGAAAAGUACUUCUGGGAUUGAUAAUGUAAUGUAAUGUGUAAUACUUGGUUUCACAAUACCAAAGGAUGAUCAGCUUUAUGACUUUACAUGUUGUGGAGCAUGUGCUCUGGCUUUUGAAGACAGAGAGUGGGAUUUUAUUUAAUGCAUUUCAAGUUCAAGGAUUUAUAUCCUAUUUUCCAACCCUAAAAGAGUUUUCCAGAGCUCUGGCUCCCCAGUUAAGCACUGCGGUAGGAUCAGUGUGUUUGUCAGCUGCCUGAAAAUACUUCUAACCGAUGUUUGCUCUUGUAGCUGCCUUCCUUCUGUGUAAUGGAUCUGGCUCAUCAUCUACUUAGAUCCGCGCAACACUUGCAUGCAGUGCUGAGAUCAGUGCUAUUAAACUGAUAAUGGUUCUUCAACAGUAAUAUCACAUGGUCCAUGGAAUUUUUGGUACCAGGAAUUUUCUCAAUCACUGUAUAACCCACAUAUUCUAUAUAGUGUAACAUAAGAACAGUAGCUGAUCUUGAAUCCAUAAAAAUCUAAUCAUAGGCUGUGUCCAUUAGUGUCCUAAUGUUUGCUAGACAUCUUACAGUUAGAAAAUAAAGCAUUCUGGAAUGUUCUGGGAGGUUAAGAAAGCUUUUCUUUUUCUUCUGCUGCUUCCAAAUAUGCCCCCAACAACAGAACACUUGGUAGGAGCUGCAGAACCCCCCUGCCCCCGUGUCUAUUGCUAACCUUCUCCUGUGGAAGACUCAGAUGCUGACUAAGGCCUUGGUGGUGUAAUCCCAGGGAUCUUAGGAUAGAUCAGGUAUCCUAGGAAUCAAGGAUGGGGAUCCCACCUUGGACAGUCUCUCCCAGUCCCUGUGGGAAUCGCCUGGGCUCUUAGCUCUCUGACUUUGGACAGCAGAAAGAAAUGUGUCGUGAAUGGAUUGGGCUUCCAACACAGGGAGAGAGAAUUUAUUUAUUUAUAACAUUUGUAUGCUGUCUAUUGUGCCACAGCACCUCUGGGCAGCUCACAAUCAUAAUAAAUUGUGGCAUAAGUAAUUCUCCCAUUGCCUGUUUACCUUAUGUAUUUUCAAAGUGUUCUAGUGUAGCUCCUAGUAAAAACCCAGAUCAAAUGCAUUCAAAAAUAUGUAUUUGGAAA